UGCCCUUAGGUCAGCUGAAGCUGUCCAUUGAUGCCCAGGACCGGGUUCUGCUGCUCCACAUCAUGGAAGGCAAAGGUCUGAUGAGCAAAGCGCCUGGCAUCUGUGAUCCCUACGUGAAGAUUUCUUUGAUCCCCGAAGACCAGGGGCUGUGCUGCCAGAAGACACAGACCAUUCCGGACUCCAGAGACCCCGUCUUCCAAGAGCACUUCUUCUUUCCUGUCCAAGAGGAAGACGAACAGAAGCGCCUCCUGGUCGCGGUGUGGAACAGGGCAGGUGACUCCAGACAGAGUGGACUCAUCGGCUGCAUGAGCUUCGGGGUGAGGUCUCUCCUGACUCCAGACAAGGAGAUCAGUGGUUGGUACUACCUUCUGGGGGAGGACCUGGGCCGGACCAAGCACCUGAAGGUGGCUAGGCGGCGACUGCGACCCCUGAGAGACCCGCUGCUGAGAAUGCCAGGAGGUGGGGACACUGAGGACGGGGAAGAACUUAAGAUCACCAUCCCGAGGGGGAAGGAUGGCUUCGGCUUCACCAUCUGCUGUGACUCUCCGGUCCGCGUCCAGGCGGUGGAUUCAGGGGGCCCGGCAGACAGGGCAGGGCUGCAGCAGCUGGACACUGUGCUACAGCUGAACGAGAGGCCCGUGGAGCACUGGAAAUGCGUGGAGCUGGCCCACGAGAUCCGGAGCUGCCCCAGUGAGAUCAUCCUGCUCGUGUGGCGCCUGGUCCCCCAAGUCAAGCCAGGCCCGGAUGGCGGGGUCCUGCGGCGGGCGUCCUGCAAGUCGGCGCAUGACCUCCAGUUGCCCCCCAACAAGCGGGAGAAGAACUGCGCCCAUGGGGCCCAGGCUCGGCCUGAGCAGCGCCACAGCUGCCACCUGGUAUGUGACAGCUCCGAUGGGCUGCUGCUCGGAGGCUGGGAGCGCUACACCGAGGUGGCCAAGCGCGGGGGCCAGCAUACCCUGCCGGCGCUGUCCCGUGCCACUGCCCCCACCGACCCCAACUACAUCAUCCUGGCCCCGCUGAACCCUGGGAGCCAGCUGCUGCGGCCUGUGUACCAGGAGGAUGCCAUCCCCGAAGAAUCGGGGAGUCCCAGUAAAGGGAAGUCCUAUACGGGCCUGGGGAAGAAGUCUCGGCUGAUGAAGACGGUGCAGACCAUGAAGGGCCACGGGAACUACCAGAACUGCUCAGUCAUGAGGCCACACACCCCACACUCAAGCUAUGGCACCUACGUCACUCUGGCUCCCAAGGUCCUGGUGUUCCCCAUCUUUGUUCAGCCUUUAGAUCUCUGUAACCCUGCCCGGACCCUCCUGUUGUCAGAGGAGCUGCUGCUGUACGAGGGGAGGAACAAGGCUGCCGAGGUGACACUGUUUGCCUAUUCGGACCUGCUGCUCUUCACCAAGGAGGACGAGCCGGGCCGCUGCAACGUCCUGAGGAACCCCCUCUACCUCCAGAGCGUGAAGCUGCAGGAAGGUCCCUCGGAAGACCUGAAAUUCUGCGUGCUCUAUCUGGCAGAGAAGGCAGAGUGCUUAUUCACUUUGGAGGCGCACUCGCAGGAGCAGAAGAAGAGAGUGUGCUGGUGCCUGUCAGAGAACAUCGCGAAGCAGCAACAGCUGGCGGCCUCGCCCCCACAGAGCAAGAUGUUUGAGUCGGAGGUGGAUGAGAAAAGGGAGAUGCCCUUGGAGGAAGGGAAGGGGCCAGGUGCCGACGACCCCCCACCCAGCAAGGACCCCUCUCCUGGACAGGAGCCUCUUCUGGAACAAGACCUUCCACUCAAUAAGGACUCUUCUUCUGGCCAGGAACCAUCUCCUGGCCAAGAAUCCCUAUCGAGCAAAGACUCAGCUUCCUGCCAGGAACCCCCACCACGCCAGGAACCCUCACCAACCAAGGACUCCCCACCAUGCCAGGAACCCCCUCCACGCCAGGAACCCUCACCAACCAAGGACUCCCCACCAUGCCAGGAACCCCCUGCAGCCCAGGCCCUCCCUCCCUGCCAAGACCUUCCUGCUAAGCAAGAGCCCUCUCCCAGCCAAGACCCUCUACUCAGCCAAGACCUCCCUACCAUCCAGGACCCUCCUGCUCAGGACCUUUCGCCUUGUCAAGACCUACCCCCCAGCCAGGCCCCGGAACCAGCUGAGGCCCUUGCUGAGACCACGGGCUCUGGGGACCCUCCAGCAGCCACCGGGGGCCCGCCUGUGGCCGCCAGGCCAGCCUUUGUGAUUCCUGAGGUCCGGCUGGAUAGUGCCUACAGCCAGAAGGCAGAGGCAGAGGGCGGCAGCUCCGGGGAUGAGGAGGAUGCAGAAGAGGCUGAGGAGGGGGAUGAGGGGGAGGAAGAUGAGGAUGAGGACACAAGUGAUGACAACUACGGAGAGCACAGCGAGGCCAAGCGCAGCAGCAUGAUAGAGACGGGCCAGGGUGCCGAGGGCGGCUUCUCGCUGCGAGUGCAGAACUCGCUGCGGCGCCGGACGCACAGCGAGGGCAGCCUCCUGCAGGAGCCCCGCGGGCCCUGCUUCUCCUCCGACACCACCUUGAACUGCUCUGACGGAGAGGGCACUACCUCUUCCUGGGCCAUACCUUCGCCCCGCACCCUCAAGAAGGAACUGGGCCGAAACGGCGGCUCCAUGCACCAUCUUUCCCUCUUUUUCACGGGACACAGGAAGAUGAGUGGGCCCGACACGGUUGGGGACAAUGACGAAGGCUCCCGGAAGAGAAAGAGCAAAAACCUAGCCAAGGACAUGAAGAACAAGCUGGGCAUCUUCAGGCGUCGGAACGAGUCCCCAGGGGCCCAGCCAGCAGGCAAGGCAGACAAAGUGAUGAAGUCAUUCAAGCCCACCUCGGAAGAAGCCCUCAAGUGGGGCGAGUCCUUGGAGAAGCUGCUGCUUCAUAAAUAUGGGUUAGCAGUGUUCCAGGCCUUCCUGCGCACCGAGUUUAGCGAGGAGAACCUGGAGUUCUGGCUGGCAUGCGAGGACUUUAAGAAGGUCAAGUCACAGUCCAAGAUGGCAGCCAAGGCCAAGAAGAUCUUUGCCGAGUACAUCGCCAUCCAGGCGUGCAAGGAGGUAAACCUGGACUCAUACACACGGGAGCACACCAAGGACAACCUGCAGAGUGUCACGCGGGGCUGCUUCGACCUGGCGCAGAAGCGCAUCUUCGGGCUCAUGGAAAAGGACUCGUACCCACGCUUCCUCCGCUCUGACCUCUACCUGGACCUCGUUAACCAAAAGAAGAUGAGUCCCCCACUUUAGGGGCCGCCAGGGUAGAGCUCAGCAUUCACACCAGGAGGGCUGGGCUUCCUCCUACGCCUCCCUCUCCCCUGCGACGGAGGGGGCAACCAAGCCCCCAGAGGCCACGUCUCCGGACAGACAGAUGGACAUUUGGAUGAGAGGCUUGGACCAAGAGAGGCCCAGGCCACCGGAGGAGAGAAGGACUGGCCCCAUUGGGUCCCCACUGCCGCGGUACGAGGGGGCUCAAGGGCCCCGGCAGGUCAGGGGCCCUGGCUGAGCCAGAUCCGGAGCUGCUGCUCCCUGCUGCGGAGACCUCGCAUCGACCAAGUUCCUUAAAGAACCGGCUGGUGGGGCAGGGGCAUGGCCCGGCCUCCAGGGCUCUCCAGGGGCCGCUGGGGCUCGCGCAGACCCCCGCCUUGAGUUUUUAUUUAUUUAAACAGUAGUAGGAUGCUUGACACGUCUUCCUGUGACAGGAAACCGUUGCCUCAUCAGUUUUCCUAAUUUACAAGUGCAAUAUUUUAACCAACGCCUUGUGAAAAGCCACCUUGCCGAGAAGGUGGGCACCAUUUCCCAGGUUCAGGGGACUUGCUGGUCCCAGGCACCAGUGGCAGGCAGCUGGGCCUUCUGGGCUGACGAGGCCCGGAGGAGCGGGCGGUACAGUCUGACCUCGCCCAGAAAUCCAGCGCCCUCGAGGAAGGAGGUCCGAUAGGGGCUCUGGGAAAGCAUGACACCCUCAGACCACACAGCAGCCAAGUUCUGGAACAAAUAAAAGGCCUGUGUUAGUUCUUGU